AUGGGCCACAACGCAAACACUAAAAACGUUUUGACAGAAAGCAUCAGUCUGAGAGAUGCCACGGUAGCGAUAAAACCAUUCCUAGAAUUGGUUGACACCAUAAUUGAAGUUUCAAGAGCCAUAUUCGAGGCCCAUAGGAAAUCUCAGUAUAACAAGAAAACGUGUGGGAUCCUACUAACUCGUGUCGAAUUUGCAGAAUGUGCAGUAAAAUCUUUAAUUCGUCAUAAAGAGGAUCAUGUGGAGGAUUUUCAUUCGCAAGAUUAUUAUCAAUCAUUUGCAAAAUUUGCCUACGUUAUAAAAAAGAUUCAAAAAUUUGUAGAAGACAUUUCUCAACUUUCACAAUUUAAAAGAUUUACAAAUAGCCAGUCGAUCAAGAAUAUGUUACUUACGAUACUUGAAGAUUUCGACACAUGUUCCUCUGAAUUAAAGUUACGUACUUUUGUUAAUACCGAAAAGGACAUGAAAAUUCUCGAUAGCGACCUCGAACAAAUGAAGUUUUUAGAAAAUCCAAAUAUUUGUGUAACCGAACUGAACGAAAACGGAAAUCAAGAAUACUGCGAAAAAUUCAUGAUAUCCCUUAGCGCCGUGCAAGAGCAUGUUAAAAUAACAAAUUCAGAAAUUGAUAGAAGAAAAGAAGGUCAAACAUUUCAAAUAAACCAAAUUCCAUUCGAAGAACUUGAAAUUCCCAAUGGAGUUGAAGUAAAACACGGAAGUGUAAUAAAGAGACGUUAUAGAGGAAUAGAUGUGGCGUGUAAAAAGGUGAACAUAAUGAAGGAUGAGGCUCAAGCAAAAAGGUUUAAAACACGGGUAACGAUCCUUGGAAAACUACAUUUAUGUGAAAGCAUCAUCCGAUUUUACGGAAUGUCAAAAUCUGGAAGCAAUGAUUAUAUGAUAUACGAAUGGGCUGAAAGGCACAGCUUAAAGGAAGUCUACGAAAACCAUAAAUUAUCUUUAUGUAAAAAAGUCAGUAUCGCAUUGGAUAUUUGUCAAGGAUUGGUUUUCUUAAAUGCCAUUGGAAUUUAUCAUCACGACAUUCGAUGUGAGAAUAUUCUUAUGACCACAAAGUGGAAACCAAAAAUUGCAAACUUUACGUUUGCAAAAGGAGUGAAAGGGGUAACCUCUGAGAUAAAUCAUCAGGGUUCUCUUAAUUGGAUGGCACCCGAAAUGAUGGUAAAGUAUCGAUAUAAGAAUCUCCACACCAAAUAUCCUUAUACUCCAGGAUGUGAGAUAUUCAGCUUUGGGAUGCUGCUUUGGGAGCUUAGGUAUGAAAGGAUACCGUACAAAGAAAAGGAAAUAAUCGAGUUGAUGGAUCAUGUGACCUCUGGUAAACGGGAGAAAUUGAUGUCCUCAUGCGAAGAUGAACAAAAAUAUGCUAAAAUAAUUCGAAAAGCGUGGGAACAUGAUCCUGACUUACGAAUAGAACUCGCGUCUUUGUUGGAUGAAAUACAAAAACUGAACGCUUGUU